CUGGAUUUAUGGAUUAAAUAACUAUGAAGAAUUUGCAGCACCUAUUCCACAUACACACUCAUUUUGUAAUCCCUCCCAGUCACUUACUUCUUACAUUCUGCUUAUUACAAAAAAUCACAGCACCUCUGUCAACCCAUGACAGAAAAACAUUUGCAGACAAAUUGGACAAUAUUCAGUUCGAUCAUCUGUUGGUAGAUAAACAUCAACGAUGGGUCUUCAUUGGUGCAGCAAAUCGCCUGUAUCAGCUGAACUCAAAUUUAGAAUUGAUGGCUAAACUUAACAUACCUUUGCAAGAUUACUCUUGUAUGGAAUGUUACCAAUUCGAGUGUUCAUCAAAUUCAGUGACAAAAUCAGCUGAUGGUUCGAAUAGGAUUCUUGUCAUCGAUUACACGCACGAACAUUUAAUAUCAUGCUGGAGCAUUUGUCACGGUCUAUGUAAAGUAUACAGUAUCAAAGAUCUACGCAAAGAAGCAACAACUGUAAAUGAACCAGUGGUAUCUCACAAUGAUAAUACAUCAAUGGUAUCUUUCUUUGCCCCAGGUCCAGGUCCACUACAAGAGAAAUUGUCCAGUGGUAAUGAAAAAUUGCCUACAUUAUAUGUUGGCAUCACUGACACAAAAACUAUGAGUCAAUUACAGGCAACUCGAACAGUGGAUAAUUACUUCAGAGUCGCUCGGAUUGGAAGUACCUCGAUGACUCUUCGUAUCUCUAGCAUUACUUUUUUCGGUGCAUAUCGAAGUAAAUGCAUUGUCAACUAUGUAUACGGAUUCAGUUCGGGACCUUAUAGUUAUUUUUUGACCAAUCAAGUGGAUUUCAGGCAACCCUCGUCGGGUGUCUCAAAAUUAAUCAGAAUAUGUCAUAGAGAUAGCAGCUACAACUCGUAUGUUGAGAUUCCAAUGGAAUGCUUGGGUGAUAAAGGAAAGAGGUAUGACUUGGCUCAAGCUGCAUUUGUUGCAAAGCCAAGUUUUGAGUUGGCAAAGUCUUUAGGUAUUACUCAGAGUGAAGACGUCUUCUUUGGCAUUUUUGCUCAGAAUGAACAGCAAAUCGAAGGUGAUGAAUUGAGAAAAUCGAAUCAUAAAAGUGCAUUGUGUAUAUAUUCGUUGAAAGAGAUAAACGAAAAAUUUACUCAAAAUAUCCAGCAAAAUUACUUCGAUGAAAGUGGAUAUUGUGGACCAGGGUUCAUGACACCUCCAGCUCAAAAAUGCAUGAAGAAUGAAACAAUUGUGAAUUCAGAUUCCUGCGGAGUAGAUGUAAAUCUGCCUUUUGAAGGGGAAUCACCUGUGACAGGGAAGGCUUGUCUUACAUUUGAUACAAUUCUGACAGCUAUUGUUGCCCAACCACAUCCUGAUAAUUUUACAGCUGUCUUUGUGGGUACGAGUACUGGCCAUGUGAUGCAAAUAGUGGUGCAGAAUGUGUUCAAUGCAUAUCUAAUACAGGACAUUGUUAUCCAAAAAGGAUUUGUGAUAAACUCCGAUUUACAUUUUUACCCAGAAACAGAUCAUUUGUAUGUGAUGACAGAACACAGACUUACAAAGAUCAAGAUUCUGUUUCCUGUUCCAUCAAUAUCUGCUUUCAAGCCCUUCUUAGCACUCUCAGGAGAAACCAUCAAUAUUACCAUACUUGGUGAAAAUCUGUGGUGUGCAUCCAAAGAUAUCCAGCACAGUAUUGUGGUUGCUGGGAUACAUUGUACUGCCUGCCAAAAUCUAAAUGUGCCAUCAACAGGGAUUAUUUGCACCAUUUAUGUUGCUGAGCUUAAAGAAUAUGAAGGUCCUGUGGAAAUUUGGGUGAAUGGCAUUUACACAAAAUCCAAGAAAAAUUUUAAAAUUUUGAAUCCACUGGUAUCAAACAUUUUUCCAAAAGAAGGCUCAUUGUAUGGUGGUAACAAACUGAUCAUUCAAGGUGAACGUUUAAAAUUCGCCAAUUCUAUCAAUGUUUUCAUUGGAGAUAUACCCUGCAUAGUAUUUGAUUGUACAAUGCAAAAAAUAAGUUGUAUUACAAGCCCUUCUUUUCUCAUUAUGGAAGCAAGCAUUACUAUAAAAUUUGAUGAAAGUGUCCUCGUGACAGGUCUUUCCUACAAAUACUCCAAAGACAUAGAUCAUGAUGAAAAUGGUUUCAACCUUGUACCAAAAGGCAUUCCAGCAGGAGGUAUUAUAAUUUUGAUGUACACUAAUACUGCAGGUCUGAACAAAGCAUUAAUUCCAGAAUUGUUUUUUCAAGUCAGUAACAACAUUCAAAAAUACAAUAGUACAAAUUGUGAAAUGCAAAGUUCAAUUUUAAUCAAGUGCUUAUCACCUCAGAUGCCUGAAAUUGACAGCAGGUUGAUAGAUGCGGAAAAUCCUGAAGAAUUCAACUACACACUUUUUGUAUCACUGAACAGGACCAAUGAUGAUGAAACCCCAAACUUGAUUGAUAUCAAGUCAUCCAAGUUCUUCUUGUACCCAAACCCAGUUUUUGAGCAUUAUUCCAUCACUGAACUAGAUAAAAAUAUUCGUUUCAUUAUCAAGGGACAAAACUUGGAUAAUGCUUGCCAAAUUCAAGAUUUCAGGGUGAGGAUUGGAAAAGAAAAUUGUGAAGUGAAAUCAUCAUCUAGAAAUGAGCUGAUUUGUGAGCUAUCGAAGUCUGCAGCGCAGUAUUCUUAUUCAAAGUACGAUACCAAUAAUCAAGAAGACAAUGUUUUGACGGUUUAUGAAAGUGUUUGGGUACAAAUUGGAAACAAAACAGAGACAACUGUGCCUUAUUACAAAUAUACUGCAGAUUUAGAUGAUGAAAAUCCUAAAUGGAUGGUGUAUGCUCUGUAUGGCGGUGCCUUUGUUGUCAUUGUAAUCUUUCUAGUGUUUAUAAAAGUAUUGAUCGUGUAUAAGCAAAAAUCCAUUAAGAGCUUAAUUACGUCGAGGGAAAUGCAACAACAAAUCAACAAGAUGGGUAUGGAGGCAAUUACCAUGAGACAAUGCAUAAAGCAGAUUGUGGUUGAGAAACAAAUAGACAUUGAUGGAAGUUUGAGAAAUACAUUGAAAUUACCAAAUAUUGCGAUCGAGUAUACACCACUUUCUGAAGGUGAUGGCGAAACGUCUCCAGAAACAGAAUAUUUACUGCCAUUAGAUACCAAGUGGGAGUUCUCAAGAAGCAAGUUAACUUUUGGAAGAUUUCUAGGGGAAGGAGAAUUCGGCAGAGUUGUGCAAAGUGAAGCUUCGGGUAUAAUGGAUGGAAAUAUCUCCACCACUGUAGCUGUUAAAAUGUUGAAAGAAAUUCACUCAGAUGCAGAUAUGAUUGAUUUAGUUUCUGAAAUGGUAAUUAUGAAACUAAUCGGAACACACAACAAUGUUUUAAGUUUGCUUGGAUGCUGUACUCAAAAUGGCCCCCUACUGAUCAUCACAGAGUACGCAGAGCAUGGAAAUUUACGAGACUAUCUUCAGAAACACCUCCUUUCUGCAAAUAAUACUGCUAUUUGCAGCAACUUAACACAAAAAGCUUUGAUUACCUUUGGACUUCAAGUGGCUCAAGGGAUGGAAUACUUGUCUUCUAUGAAAUGUGUUCAUCGUGAUCUUGCUGCACGAAAUAUCUUAGUAUCAAAUGACUUGGUUUUGAAGAUAGCUGAUUUUGGAUUAGCCAGAGAUAUUAGAGACAAAGACUAUUACAGAAAAAAAACUGGAGGCAGGCUCCCUGUAAAAUGGAUGGCACCAGAAGCACUCCAUCGUAGCCUGUAUACAACUCAGUCUGAUGUAUGGUCGUUUGGUGUAUUGCUAUGGGAAAUUGUGACUUCGGGUAGCUUACCUUAUCCUACAUUCAUCAAAAUGGAGGAAUUGGUACAAGCUCUAGAUGAUGGGUAUCGCAUGAAGAAGCCACAGAAUUGCUCUAUGAAGAUGUACAGCAUUAUGCGUGAGUGUUGGAAUUACUUACCAGAAAACCGGCCUACGUUUUCAAUGAUUCUGGAAAAUUUGGAAGAAAUGUCCAGUGCUGAUGAUAAUGAAAUUUUAGAAGAACCUGUUUCAUGUGAGUCAAAAUUGAGUAAUAUCGACACCAUUGAAAUUGUCAAUGAAGCUACAGAAACAGACUACUUAUUAGAAUAAUUUUCCAUGUUUUAAAUUAAAACAAUAAUGAUUGUAACGGGGCUUUCUGAUGUAAUAUUUUGGUCUAUGAUUGUAAGUACCCUAAGUAAGCUUUUUUUUUUAUUUUAUCUAAGUAGGUAUUUAGAAAUCUAAAAAAUCUAAAAGAUUAGGUAAUCAA